AUGACAGAAUCAUUGCCGAUUAAGUUUCAAGAACAUCUACAAUUACAAAAUGUUGGUAUCAAUAUCACAAAUAUUGGUUUUAGUUCUCUUACAAUGGAAUCUGAUAAAUUUAUAUGUGUACGUGAGAAAGUUAAUGAUACAGCUUUUGUUAUUAUUAUUGAUAUGACUGAUCCAACUAAUCCAAUUAAAAGACCAAUUACAGCAGAUUCAGCAAUUAUGAAUCCAACAAGUAAAAUUAUUGCAUUAAAAGCUGGGAAAACAUUACAAAUUUUUAAUAUUGAAUUACGUAGUCGAAUGAAAACAUAUACUAUGACAGAAGAUCCUAUUUUUUGGAAAUGGGUUAAUAUUAAUACAAUUGGUAUUGUUACAGAAACAUCUGUUUAUCAUUGGUCAAUGGAAGGUGAUACUCAACCGAUUAAAAUGUUCGAUCGUCAUGAAAGUUUACUUGGCUGUCAAAUAAUUAAUUAUCGUACAGAUGAAUCAUUACAAUGGCUACUUGUUAAUGGUAUUAAAGCUGCAGAAGGUCGUGUUGUUGGUCGUAUGCAACUUUAUUCAGUUGAACGUAAAGUUUCACAACCAAUUGAAGGGCAUGCUGCUGCAUUUACACAAUUUAAACUUGAAGAAAAUAAGAAAUCAUCAAAACUUUUUUCAUUUGCUGUACGAGGACCACAAGGAGGAAAACUUCAUAUUAUUGAAGUUGGAACACCAUCACCAGAUAAUCAACCAUUUCAGAAGAAAUCUAUUGAUGUACAAUUUCCAGCUGAAGCACCGAAUGAUUUUCCUGUUGCUAUGCAAACAUCAGCUAAACAUGGUGUUAUCUAUUUAGUUACUAAAUAUGGUUAUAUACAUAUAUUUGAUAUUGAAAGUGGAACAUUGAUUUAUAUGAAUCGUAUUAUUGCUGAUACCAUAUUUGUUACAGCACCAUAUGAAUCAACAUCUGGCAUUAUUGGUGUUAAUCGUAAAGGACAAGUUCUUUCAGUCAGUAUUGAUGAAGAUAAUGUUGUUUCAUAUAUUCAAAAUAUAUUAGGCAAUACUGAACUUGCUUAUAAAAUAGCAGCACGAUGUAACUUACCAGGCGCUGAUGAAUUAUUUGUUGAACGAUUUGCACAAUUAUUUCAAAGUGGAAACUAUAGUGAAGCAGCUAAAGUUGCUGCUUCAGCUCCUCAUAGAAUACUUCGUACCGAACAAACAAUUCAACAAUUUCAAACAGUACCACCACCAGCAAAUCAGCCAUCACCAUUACUUCAAUAUUUUAGUAUCUUAUUAGAAUCAAGUAAAUUAACUAGAGAAGAAUCCAUUGAAUUAUGUAGACCAGUUGUAAUGCAAGGAAAAAAACAAUUAUUAGAAAAAUGGUUAAAAGAAGAUAAACUUGACUGUAGUGAACAAUUAGGUGAUAUUGUUAAAUCACGUGAUUCCACAUUAGCAUUAUCAGUUUAUUUACGUGCUAAUAUACCAAUGAAAGUUAUUCAAUGUUUUGCUGAAACAGGUCAAUAUCAAAAAAUAGUUCUCUAUGCUAAAAAAGUUAAUUAUCAACCGGAUUAUAUUUAUCAUUUACGAGAUAUAAUGAGAAUUAAUCCUGAACAAGGUACUCAAUUUGCACAAUUACUUGUUCAAGAUAGUGAACCAUUGGCUGAUUUAACACAGAUUGUUGAUGUUUUUCUUGAACAUAAUCUUGUUCAACAAUGUACAGCAUUUUUACUUGAUGCUUUAAAAAAUAAUCGAGAAGACCAAGGACAUUUACAAACACGUUUAUUAGAAAUGAAUUUAAUGCAAGCGCCACACGUAAAAGUUGCUGAUGCUAUCUUAAGUAAUAAUAUGUUCACACAUUAUGAUCGACCAUAUAUUGCACAAUUAUGUGAAAAAGCUGGUUUACUUCAACGAGCACUUGAACAUUAUACAGAUUUAUAUGAUAUUAAACGAAUUGUCGUACAUACACAUUUACUUAAUCCUGAAUGGCUUGUUGAUUAUUUUGGUCGAUUAUCAGUUGAUGAUUGUAUUGAAUGUUUAAAAGCAAUGCUUCAAGCAAAUAUUCAUCAAAAUUUACAAAUUGUUAUACAAAUUACAACUAAAUAUCAUGAUCAAUUUGAAACAAAACAAUUUACUGAAUUAUCGAAACUAUUGGAAAAUUUUGCUGCUAUUAUAAUCCCUAAUUCCAAAUAUUCACCUGCAAAUACAAAACUUCUACCUUUAAAUAUUAUGGAUCUUCGAGAUGAAGCAUUUUAG